AUGGGAAAACUUUCAAAGCACCAGAAAAUCGCCAUAGCUCUUGCCGCGUCUAUUAAUUUAAAUACAAAAAAGAAAAAUAUGGGUGAAAGAAUACCUGGAAAUGAAACAGAGUGGAAAGAAAUUGCUGAGGAAUUCGAAACAAAAUGGAAUUUCAGUCACUGUGUUGGAUCAUGUGAUGGGAAGCAUAUCGCUAUAGAAAAACCCCACGAAAGUGGCUCUUUGUUUUACAAUUAUAAGGGAUUCUUCAGUAUUGUACUGUUUGCUGUUGUAAAUGCUAACUACGAAUUUAUGUAUGUACACACAGGCACCAAUGGAUCCAUUGCAGAUGGAGCAAUUUUAAAAUGUAAAAAAUUUCAUAAGAAAAUGAUUAAUAAUUCUUUAAAUUUGCCAUCUCCAUCUCCACUGCCAGGCACAGACGAAAUUGUACCAUACGUGUUUCUGGGGGAUAGUGCAUUCGCAUUGAACAAAAAAUUUAUGAAACCAUUUCCUUUUAAAAAUAUUAAUCGGAUGCAAAGGAUUUUUAAGUAUCGAUUAUCGCGAGCCAGGAGAGUGGUUGAAAAUGCCUUUGGCAUACUGAGUUCCCGUUUUAGAGUACUGCGUAGACCACUUGAUCUAGAUCUGGAGAAUGUGGAUGCUGUGGUGUUGGCAUGUUGCGCUCUGCACAACUUUCUGAGGAAACGAGUACCAACUUACAUAUGUCAUUCUAAUAUUAAUUCAGAAAAUAUAGGACAGGAUGGCAAUAUUGUUCGCAAUAAAUUCAUGGACUAUUUCAAUUCUGUUGGACAUGUUAGUUUCCAAGACCGAAUGAUUGAUGUUGUACCACCAUAA